UAUAUUUAGUGCUGUAGAAAGGUAUAAAAGAUGGGAUUGUCAAGACAGGGUUUUCUAUUUUCCUGUUUAUUCUGUCGGAUUUGUUUAAAUAGUAAGUAAUGCGACGUCCAUGUUCAGGGAAUUUUGAUUGGACCGCAGCAAAAGGGAACCUCCAAAAGCUCCCGCCCCAACAUGACGCUGUCUCCAUGGUAUCCAAAAUGGCUACCCACGGAAGGCGCCCCAUUUUGUCCUCCACGCCCCUGCAGAUCUUAUUUUAUUUAAACCGCUGGUAUUUUGCUGCUUUCUUCAUAGCUGAGAUUCUAAUGUUUGUUUAUAAAGGUGUGUUGCUCCCAUACCCUCAGGCAAAUCUUAUACUGGACAUUGUUCUUCUGCUGCUCUACCUUGGUCUUGAAAGCCUCAGACUCUUUUAUGGCUGUAAGGGAAACCUGUGUGAGAGCUCGCUGGCACUAACUAUUAGUGUUGGUGUCCUGGUGCCCUGCACUGUCCUUAGUGUCUACUAUCUACUCCUACAGACUUUUGUUUUGCGUCUUGAAUUUAUCAUCAAUGCUGUAUUGCUCUGCUUCUAUGGCCUGGAGCUGGUUAUAGGUCUAAUGACCAUUGCAGCUUUUUGCAGGGCCAGUGUGUAUUAAGCAUGUAUGUGAAGGUGAGGAAAUAUUUUACACAAUGUGCUGCACAGGAGUAGUUUUUGAUUUUCAACAUGGCAUUGUUUCUCAUCAAAGAUUUACAAUAAUGCACAGAAUAUAUACAGCCUUUAAUUCCUUGCUGCUUAAUGAACAUGUCCAACUUUAAAUGCAUAUCGUAAUGGCUUGAGUAUUUGAAUAUCUACGUUAUUUUGAUUAUUGGUUGGGACCUUUGCUUUUAUUGAAUAUACAUCUUUGUGACUGUUUUGUACUUAAGAGUUUUGCACCAAGUGACUAAUAAAUGUGAAAUAUUUUUUCAA